GAGGCAGGUGCCUGCCUGCCAGACACCUGCGGGGCCGGAGCCCUUUCAAGCAUGAACCAUACCAUCUGGGCUCCGCCACUCCCAGCGUGCUCUUAGCUCUGCGAGAGGCCUAGGGCCCUGGAGGACUUCUUAAAGUUCCUCCAGCAACCAUCAUGCAAGGUGGUGCUGGGGACUGCCCUCGUCGUGCUAGGAGGUGGAGGCCUCAUGCUGUGGGCUCAGAGGAAGAAAAGGAAGACAGCCAUAGAGGAGUCUUCUGGGGACAGGCCUCCCGAGUCCUGCCGAGGAAAUGACAGCUGGAUCAAAUCUCACUUUAGCCGCCUCUCCGAAGAGAGGUUGCCCACCCACCUCUAUGCCGGCGUCAACGGCUCCUCAUGUGAAAAUAGGCACAAGGAGGCAAACACCACCAUCCACAUGGAUACCCUCACCUCCACACAUGGAGAAGGGGGCAUGGUUCUGCACCGAGAUUCCUUUACCAGCAAACAGAAGGUAUCUGGGACCUCAGUGACCAAAGAGACCCAGAGGGAGUCAGGAAAGACCUUGUCAAUGGAGGAUGACGCAUGGGCUGCUGUGGCUGCAUGUACCAAGGAGAUCGAUGCCAAGGGGCAUCACCUAGCUAACUCCAUGCUGCAACGUGCCAAGACUUACAAGCAAACAGGCCAUGUGGAAUCCAGGGACAUCAGCCCAGAAGAGCUGAAGGCUCUGGAGGAGGUGGAGAUAAAGCUGAAGAGGAAUUUCCUCACUCAUCGGGAAACCACCAUAGCUGGCUCCAACCAAAUGCACACUGUCUAUAGCCAGAGUCGCCAUGGUCACCAACAUAGCCAUCCAAGCCACCAGAGCCACCAGAGUCAUCCUGUUCACUCCAGAGACCAGGGUCAUCAUUCAAGUCACCAGAGCCACCAGAGUCAUCCGGGUCACUCCAGAGACCAGGGUCAUCAUUCAAGUCACUUGAGCCACCAGAGUCAUCCGGGUCACUCAAGCCACCAGAGUCAUCCAGGUCACUCAAGCCACCAGAGUCAUCCGGGUCACUCAAGCCACCAGAGUCAUCCGGGUCACUCAAGCCACCAGAGUCAUCCGGGUCACUCAAGCCACCAGAGUCAUCUGGACCACUCAAACCACCAGAGUCACCAGGGUCAGCCAGGUGACGCAAGCCAUGAGAACCAUAGUCUGCCCAACCGCAGCAACCAAAUCUGUGACUCUUGAAGCCACUUAACCAUGUACCCCUUCCCCCAACAGGGCUGGCUCACAUAUACAGGCCUGUUUUCUCUUCUAUGGGGAAACCUAUGUGGUCUAGGGUAAGAGGCUGCCACCCAUGUCCCUACUUCUGGCCCCAGUUGGCGUCAUGAGUAAGGGAGGAGGGGAUGCAGCUACCACAGCCCACGGGCCCUGAAGACCCACAAGAGAAGACAUGAGGCAGAUUACAGGAGCAGCCGUGAGCCCCACACUGACUCCACGUGCCUGAAUGGAUGGAGCCAAUAAAGCCCUACCCGCCCUC